GUUACUAUUAACCCUGUCAUGUAUACUUGAACAGUAUGUCUUUCUAGAUUGGAGUUGAACUUGAAUCUAGUCUAACAAGUCUGAAGAAGGCUUCCCCUGUACAACUUUCCAUUGUUGACGUAGCUAGGUUUAACAGAUUGUUUGUUUAUCUUGAGAACAAAAUCUUUACAUUCUAAUUGUGAUUGAAAUAUUGUGUUAAUAAAUAUCAGAUUAUAUAUUUUUGUGCAAUAAUUUAAACAACUAGUUACCCAAAUAAUAGGGUUUAUAAAAUACCAAGUUAAUAUUUUUGUUAUAUCUUACAAAAUAUCAAACAUGAUUCGCCCGGUGUUGAUGUUGGUCCAUUCAUCGUUUAUAUUAUUUGUGAUUCUUAAUUUUGUUUAUCAUGUUGGAGCUACCAGUAAACCAGGAGAUGAUGAGAGUUUACACGAGAGUCAAAUACCUGCGCCAACAUCUGAUGAAUUUCAACAGCAGCCAACCCCAGAAGAGAUUCAAUCCGAGUUGGUUCGUUUGUACAGUAAAUAUGAUGAAAACAGUGAUAAACAGUUGAGCGUUGAAGAGGUGAAGAAAUGGCUGGAUGAAAUUCACCUGGAAAUAACACAGGAGAAUCUGGACAGACAAUGGGCUUAUUAUGAACCGGUAACUCAAGAGGUGCACAGCUGGCAUGAAUAUGAACCAGUCGAGAUGGAGGUAUUAGAUUGGGAAAAAUACAAGAACAAAACAUUCACCGAGGAAAUGAGGAUCGAAUCAUAUAAUGACGAACAGGGUAAAGCAGUUUGGGAAACUAUGUUAAACCGAGCUCAGAAACGAUGGGAAGUUGCUGAUGCCAAUAAUGACACCAUAUUAACUAAAGAUGAAUUCAAAGAUUUCAUGUGGCCAGAGGAAUCUUCAUCAGAUGCUGUAAAACAAAGACUUGUCGAGGAAGGCCUAGAAGACAUGGACAGCGAUGGAGACAAAUUAAUCAACAUGGAAGAAUACCUUAAACAUUUAAUAACAAUCACACCAGAAGCUGAUCGUGUUGAUCCUGAAUGGACUGAAGUUCAAAAAAAUCAUUUCCACUCAUAUUUAGAUAAAGAUAAAGAUGGAUCCUUGAACCCUAAAGAACUUGAAUAUUGGUUAACAAUUCAAACCGAUAGACAUAACGAAGAAGCAGCCCGACUUGUGGCAUCAUCAGAUGAAAAUAAAGACCAAGUGCUAUCAGUUGAUGAAAUAAAGGAAGGUUACAACAACUUUUUCACCCUCAUUUCCCCCAAAUUUUGGAAUAAAUACUAUCCAGAUGAGCAAUUAUACGGACCAAGUACAAGUGCAUCUCAUGAUGAACUUUAACAAACCUGAAUCUCAAAAUUUCAACCUUUGUACUCUUUUUUAUACUCCAAGUAUUUCAAAUAAACCGUCCGGUUAAUCAUCAAUGAAA